AUGUACGAUGGCACAGAGUUUUCAGAUAACGGCUGUUACUUUCGUGAACGUGGUGUGAACUGGGGAGGUUUCUGUUCGACUCUGCACGCCCGCAUGUCCCAGCUGAGGCUAACGCGCCCAGCUAAUGAAAUCUGUGAGCAGUACUCCGCAAUACUCCUUCGUACUGCGAGGGAGCGACUAGGCACACGUGCUAAAAAGGAAAAAGAAGGGUACGAAUGGUGGUCUCCGGCUCUUGACCGUAUGCGAAAUGAGGUCUACUGUACACGUCGCAAGUGGCAGGCUUCACGUCGCGCAGGAGGCGACAGGGAGAAGGCACUACAUGAUCAACUGCGUGCAGUUAGAAUACGCUACAAGUUAGCCAUGAAAGGAUGCUGA